UCUCAUCUGUAAAAUGUGUAUUAAUAUCUUGUGAUAAACCUUUAAAUAAAGCUUGACGCAUCGAUUACACGCGAUGUACGUAACGUAUGGAUAAAAUGCGCUGUUCCAAUAGAAGUCGAACGUUGCAGUAGUUUUCAAUAGCGGAACGAAAGUACGGGUGCCUUGUUCCUACACGGAUUAUAAAGGCUGAGCUCAUAUUAAAGAACUCGAAACGUUCAUUGGUCGUUCACAGCACAUGAAUGGUAUUGAUUCAAGUUUAUGAUUUGCUCGCUAACUUUAACCAACAUACAUCAACCGGAAGAUGGCUACUGUCGGUCUUAAGUGUCCGGAGUGUGGCUCGCUCGACAUAGUGGACGACGAACAUUAUUCACAGCCACAACUUGUAUGUGCAGAUUGUGGCGCUGUGGUAUCCGAAGGUCUACUCACCACUACCCGAAGUGAAGAGACACAGGGCACAGAUGUAAGAUACAGUAAUAGCACAGAAGUGGACAAGAAGCCAUGCCGGAAUCUAAUCAAUGGCAUACACCGGGUGCGUGCUCUCUGUCGUAUUCUCAGACUCACUUUCCUCAUGGAGGAGACUGCAGAGACCCAUUUUAAGCAGGCCUAUGAGCACCCUAACUUCAUCAGGGUUAGUCUGCAGAAGAAAGAGGUUCUGGCAGGAUGCUGCGUGCUGGCGACCUGCAGGCAGCACAGCUGGCCCAUCGCCAUGGGAACCAUUUGUUGUCUCCUGGAAGCGAACCCCAGGCUGAUAGGCGUGGUCUACCAGGAGAUGGUGAAGACUCUGAAGAUAGAGGCUCCCCCCAUCAGUAUCAUUAACCUACUGGAGACACACUGUCAGGCAUACAAACUAAGUCCUCAAUAUGUCCAUGAAGAGUUGUCGGAGUCCUCCAAGGAUUUGACAAAGCGAGCUGCUGUCCUGUUGGAGCUGGCUGCAGAUGCCUGGCUAGUGACUGGCCGCCAGCCCAUCCCCAUCCUCACGGCCUCCAUCUUCCUGGCUUGGCAGUCCCUGAAACCCACACAGACCCGGCUCAAAUACACACUGGCCAGGUUUUGCCAGAUGGCCAAGGUGACCAAGUCCUCCAUAGCUCCGAAGCGGGUGACCGAGCUGAAGGAGGUGCUGUGUAAGCUGGGCCAGGAGCUGCCCUGGCUGAGGGGGGAUGAGGUGACACCCCAGACUGUGAUACAGAUGGUGGAUGACAUCCUGAACCAUAGACUCACCCUACUGAGGAGGGCCCUGAGCAGUCACGAGGAAGCCCUGGCCUCUGAAUCAGUAGUCCCACCAAGUUUAGAGGACUCCCUACCUGGAUCCCACACCAACACGUCCUGCCUGGAGGGUGCAGUCUCAUCCCAGACCCCAGGGCAGACCCCUAAAGAACCCUUUGUGGGGGAGCCAGACACCGGGAGCGUCCAGCAACAAGGAGAUGUUGACCUGACAUACACUGUUGUAAUGGAGGGGUUGCCACAUACGGGGCCUGGCACAGACUCUCAGCACAGCCAGCCCUCAGUACCAAACUCUGGUAAGAGGAGUUUGUUUGAACCCCCUUCUGUGAGGUACGCUAAGAUAAGGAGGGUGCAGGUCCCGGUGGUGGAGGUGACUGGUGAUGAGGAGAUCUCAGACAGUGAGAUUGACAGUUACAUCCGUACUCCUCAGGAGAUCAGAGACUAUGUUGAGGCGAAAGAGGCAUUAGCUUCCUCCUCUGAUGAUGAGUUCUGACAGGAAGGGAUAACAUUGUAACCAGGUGACUUAGCUAUACUGCGCUAUCUGAUCUGUAAUGCAUUAUAAUACAACGAUUUGGCUAUUUAUUUUGUAUGAAUAUUGAAUAAUCUCUUGUACCCUUCAGGUCAUAAGGCGACACAUUAAAUCUACUUAUUUCAAAACACUCACCAACAGUGUUUAGGACUAUAUUCAUUUUAAUGGUGAUUGUAUCCUUAAUGUGUUCGUUUAUUUGAAAGAUUCUUCUUUGGCUGAUCAAUUUUAUUGCAUUGAAGGUGUGUGUGCAUCCAAAUAUGUUACUAAAUGGUCUGUACUUCAAACUGGAAAACAAGCCCAUAUACAGUACUUGAAGUGGCCCAAUAGACUCCUUAGCUUUGGUUCUUUGCAAAUUAUCUAUUUGACUAAUUACAGUGGCCUAAACUCAGUUCAUCAUCUCAGGCUGGCUGUCAGUGAUUUUUUAGAGCACAUUCGCCAUAUUAGUGUCAAUGUUGUCACAGCACAGCCUGUAGCCUAAAAUAUUUAUUUCAAACAGUCAGCACUGUUGGUUAUUAGGUUGUUUACAGCUGUCAGCCUAAAAUAUUUAUAUUCAUUUUUACAUAAGUUAGGCAUUAGUCAUCUAGAUUUUAACUUUCUGAAGCCACGUUCUGUUUUUUUUUUUUUUACUGAUGUUGUGGUGAGAGGACUGUUACCAUAGCAACCACAGGUGGAAUUUGUGGACAGUCACUGUUUACUUGUCACAAUAAAGUAUACAUAUUUUUUUUA